UAACCCAUUGACCCAUUGCUGCCUCGUAGGCCCUGGAGUGCGUGUAUGUGUGUGUGUUUGUUUGUUCUUGCGCCGUCCAAAGAGAGCAACGUGGGUGGGUUGUACUGCAGUAGUCGCCGACUCUUCGACCUCACAGAAGCUCUCUCUCAGUGACACCAAAAUGCCGGGAGCCGAGGACAGCUACGAGUGCACGCUCAGCCCUGAGCUGCAGCGCUACGCCUUGGAGGAACUGAACGAGGAUCCCAACAGGAGGGAGAGGACAUCCAGGGCCGUGAGAGAAUGGCUCCAGAAACAAACACACCUCAAUGCCAGGACAGAUCGACGCACCAUCCUAAGGUACCUGCGCGGAUGCAAGUUCUCGCUGGAGAAGACGAAGGCCAAACUAGACAUGUAUUACACCUGCAAGGGCGCCCUGCCGGACAUGUUCAAAGGACGCGACCCCCAGGACCCUCAUCUGAGGCAAAUAAUCAAGAUGGGACUGAUGUUUCCUCUGCCUGGCUACGACCCGGAGGGGAGGAUGGUGAUCUUCGGGAGACUGGGCGCUUGGGACCCCAACAAGGUGAGGCCCGAAGACCUCUUCAAGGCUGCCGGUAUGCUCUUCGACACCAUAUUCCUAGAAGACGAGCAGGUCACGGUUAAGGGCCUCGUCCAGGCAAAUGACAUGACGGGACUGACCUUCAAACACGUGGCCGUUCUCCCUUUCCCUCUAAUCAAAAAGGUCUCCACCACUUGGCAGGAGGGCUACCCAUUCCGACCCAAAGGAGUCCAUUACAUCAACACUCCGCAGGCCUUCGAUGCUCUCUUCAAUCUUUUCAAGCCACUGAUGAGAGAAAAGAUGAAGAAGAGAGUGCACGUGCACGGCAGCAAUAUUGAAGGCAUGCACAAGUACGUUCCGAAAACUAUGUUACCUGCAGAAUAUGGAGGCACUGCCGGAACCAUACAGGAAAUCUCAGACUAUUGGUUAUCGAAAAUGGACAACCACAGAGACUGGUUCCUGGAGGACGAGAAGCACUGCGCAGACGAGACCCGGAGGCCGGGGAAGCCGAAGACUGUGUCGGAUCUCUUCGGCGGCAUCGAAGGGUCUUUUAGGAAACUGGAUUUUGAUUAGUUCGAACACCCCGGAAAGCCUCCCCUUUCGGAUCAACCAUCAUUUGUGAAACCAUUGUAUUAGAGCAUUUAAACCAAUUUAAACACCUCACAGUAUGAUAGACUGGCUUUUGAACUUUUCUGUUUGGCAUAAAUCGUUAGGGAAUCAGUAUCACUCAGCAAAUUUGCCUUUGUUGUUGAGAUAUUGGAACUGGAAAUAGUAGGAGACAUACGGCAUGUUUUUGCUGUGUGACCUUGUAUGGUCAAUUUAACAAAUCUGGUAUCACGUAAAAUUUCAGCAAAAAUUCUGUUUUCGUGAUAAAUUACGAGUUCCAAUUGUGUGUGUGUGUGCUGAUUGUGAAACCACCUCUUUAGGUAGUGAAUAUAGAUAAUCUUUUCCAUCUUAAAAAUACUAAAUUACAAAUCAUAUGCAAAAUCGAACCCACUCAAGAUAUGUUGGACGCUGGUAUAAAGUACAUUUUCUUUAUCGGAUAGACGUCUAAGAUCUUGGGGCUUAAAGCUCCUGUGGGAUGAAAAUACCAAAUCACUGACAAAAUACCUUCUUCCAUUCUGAUUAAAGCAAUCUAGAUAUGACACGAGUAUUCUCAUUUCUGUACUGGACUCAGUACACACCCCGGAAUUUGUUGUUUUCAGAUGAUGUUUUGGUAAUGACUAGAUGUAACGAAUCUAUCUAAUUUAUUAAAGCGUGUGAUUUUUUGGGGCCUUAUUGUAGUAAUAGGGUCAGGCAGUACAUGUGUAUCUGUGCGGCUUUUUGCAUCCGUUGAUAGCGCACUUUUUUAAUACGUCACUUGUUCAUUUUUUUUAUUAUUAUUUACUUUGUGGCUAGUCGUGACGGCAGUUUAAGAUGACUAGGGCUUAGAAGAGUAGAAAGAGUUCAAUAAAUAAUGUUGGCCCAUAAAUUACGGAUCAUUACACGAACACACGAGUCACAGGUGCGCUCAGACAAGAAGUCAGCUUUACUUUAUAUUUAAACUCAAAUACUCCUUAACAUUUCAGGAUCAGGAAGACGGUUCAGUUGAUACUGAUUUGGCUUAUGUUGGUUUUACAUAGAUUAUCCAAAUGCAGAUGAAUCUCCUCUGUUCUUUGAUUUAGUACCUUAUUAUUAAUCCUUUCCUUUUCAUCAAUUUUCGAUUACAUAAUCUGAUAUAGUACCUACGGUGGAAAGAAAUUCAGACUUAUCUUAGCAAAACAAAAGAGCACCUGAAACACUGUUAGAUAUCAUGUCUAGGUUGACUUCCUCGGUCCAAAAUGAAAUCCCUGAUCUUUCUAGUGGUUAUGGAUAAGAUGAGGGAUGUCUAUUAUAGCUGACCUCUUGGACGGUCGUUGCUAAUACACAAAAACUCUAAUGACCCAAAAGGAAUAGCUACAGAUUUAGCACGAAUCACAAGACAUAAAACAAAAUGAAAACCGAGUAACUAUAACGCAUGCACUUGAUUUAUUGAACUUGAAUUUUAGCCGUUAUUUCUGUGUGACUGGUAAUGACAGAGAUUAAUUGUUAUGCGUGUUACCAGUCUGCAUAUUUUGUAAGUUAUUUCUGAUGCAAUUAAAGACGAUGGAUGGAGAAAUGCCC